AAUGCCUCCAACCGCCAGUCCGACUUGAGAAAGGAGCCGCGGUUCCGUGAGGGAGGAGCGCGGCUGACGGGCGAAGAAGAGUAAUUUAGGGACUAGAGAAGCUUGCUUGGGGAGUUGGGGGUGUGGAGAUCCUUUCGGCCACUAGAAGAAAGACGCGGCGACGGCGCCAGGCGUUGUGACGAGCCCGAAGCUGAAAGAGGCGGCGCUCCUGCUUCGAGGCGCGUGAGCAGAGCCGGGCUGGGAAAGGGGAGGGCUGUGCGUGUCCUCCGCCUCCCAGUGAGUCGCCGCCGCGCAGUGUUGCCGGCCCGUUCUUUUGCCUGUUCUCGCCGCCGCCGGAAUGUUGCUGAGACUGACGGUGAACCCCGGGGACCUCCCUCUCGGAGCUCUGCUGACUGCAGAACAUGUGAAAGAUCAUGUUAAUAUUUCAGUUGAAGAAGGCAAAGAAAACAUUCUGCGGGUAUCUGAUCAAGUUACAUUCACUGACGUGAAUUCCAUAGCUCGCUAUUUGGGUAGAAUUGCCACAUCUGCUGGAUUAUAUGGAUCCAACUUGCUAGAGCAUACUGAGAUUGACCAUUGGAUGGAGUUCAGCACCACAAAGUUGUCUGCUCCUACCAGUUUUGCUUUAGCUGUUCAAGAGCUCAAUAACUCCCUUUCUCUGAGAACUUACUUGGUUGGAAACUCUUUGAGUCUUGCAGAUUUCACUGUCUGGGCAACACUAAAAGCAGGCAACAGUGCAUGGCAAGAGCAGUUACUUAAUAGCAAAGCUCCAGUUCAUGUAAAACGCUGGUACAGCUUUCUGGAGGCACAGUGUGUUUUUCAGUCAGUAGGUUCCAGGUGGACUGCAGGAGCUGCUAUUCCAAAGACUAAAGUGGCAGCGGAUAAGAAGCAAGAUGUCGGGAAAUUUGUUGAACUCCCCGGUGCAGAGAUGGGGAAGGUCAUUGUUAGAUUUCCUCCUGAGGCAAGUGGAUACUUGCAUAUUGGUCAUGCAAAAGCUGCUUUGUUGAAUCAGCACUACCAGGUCAACUUCAAGGGUAAACUGAUCAUGCGGUUUGAUGAUACAAAUCCAGAAAAAGAAAAAGAAGAUUUUGAAAAGGUUAUCUUGGAAGAUGUCACAAUGCUGCAUAUUAAACCAGACCAAUUUACAUACACUUCAGAUCAUUUUGAAACAAUAAUGAAAUAUGCUGAGAAGCUCAUUCAGGAAGGGAAGGCUUAUGUAGAUGACACACCAGCAGAACAAAUGAAAAUGGAACGAGAGCAAAGAAUAGAAUCCAAGCACAGAAAUAACUCUGUUGAGAAGAAUUUGAAAAUGUGGGAGGAAAUGAAAAAGGGAACAGAAUAUGGGCAGACCUGCUGUCUACGAGCAAAAAUUGACAUGAGUAGCAACAAUGGAUGUAUGAGGGACCCAACACUUUAUCGUUGCAAAAACCAGCCACACCCACGAACAGGAAAUAAAUACAAUGUUUACCCUACAUAUGAUUUUGCAUGCCCAAUAGUUGACAGUAUUGAAGGUGUCACCCAUGCGUUAAGAACAACAGAAUAUCAUGACAGAGAUGAGCAGUUCUACUGGAUCAUUGAAGCCUUGGGAAUAAGAAAACCGUAUAUCUGGGAGUACAGCCGUUUAAACCUCAACAACACUGUGCUGUCUAAAAGAAAGCUCACCUGGUUUGUCAAUGAAGGGCUAGUGGAUGGCUGGGAUGACCCAAGAUUCCCAACUGUGCGUGGUGUCCUGAGAAGAGGCAUGACAGUUGAAGGGCUGAAACAGUUUAUUGCAGCACAGGGCUCUUCUCGGUCAGUUGUAAACAUGGAGUGGGAUAAAAUUUGGUCAUUUAACAAAAAGGUUAUAGAUCCAGUGGCACCUCGUUACAUUGCUUUGCUGAAGGAUGAAGUAGUCGCAGUAAAUGUUCCUGAAGCUCAAGAAGAGAUGAAAGAUGUUGCCAAGCAUCCAAAGAAUGCUGAAGUUGGUUUGAAGCCUGUAUGGUACAGUCCCAAAGUGCUGAUCGAAGGAGCAGAUGCAGAGACAUUGACAGAAGGAGAGAUGGUUACAUUUAUUAAUUGGGGCAACAGCAUCAUCACCAAAAUACACAAGAACUGUGCUGGGAAAAUCACAUCCAUUGAUGCUAAGCUAAAUUUGGAGAAUAAAGACUACAAAAAAACUGCUAAGAUUACCUGGUUAGCAGAAACUCCUCGUGCUCCUCCCAUCCCAGCUGUCUGUGUCACUUAUGAACACUUGAUCACCAAACCUGUCCUAGGCAAAGAGGAAGAUUUCAAGCAGUAUGUCAACAGAAAUAGCAAGCAAGAAGAAUUGAUGAUAGGUGAUCCUUGUCUUAAAGAUCUGAAAAAAGGAGACAUAAUACAGCUUCAGAGGAGAGGCUUUUAUAUUUGCGAUCAACCAUACGAGCCCAUUAGUCCAUACAGCUGUAAAGAAGCCCCAUGCAUUUUGAUUUAUGUCCCUGAUGGGCAUACAAAAGAAAUGCCGACAUCUGGAUCUAAGGAAAAAACCAAGGCAGAAACAGCAAAGAAAGAGGCUAAUACUGCUCCACAAGGACUUUCUGUUCCACUUGUGGCUGAUGUUUCUCGUGCUACAGUCCCUGCUUCAACUCAGGACCACUUGGCUCUUUAUAGCAGAGUGUCUGCUCAAGGAGAUGUAGUUCGUGAAUUGAAAUCAAAGAAAGCAGCAAAAGAAGACAUUGAUGCUGCUGUGAAACAUCUGUUGGUCUUCAAAGCAGAAUACAAGGAGAAGACUGGCCAAGACUACAAGCCUGGAAAUCCUCCAGUUGCAACAGUUCAAGUCCAGCCUUCCAAGUGUGAGGCUGUCACCAACACCAGUCCGGACAGCAAAUCUGUUUAUGAUAGUGUAGCUGAGCAAGGGGAAGUAGUCCGAAAGCUGAAAGCAGAAAAAGCACCCAAGGAUCAGAUAGAUGCUGCUGUGAAAGUGCUUUUAGGUCUGAAAGCAGAGUAUAAGCAAAAGACAGGCCAGGAAUACAAACCUGGAAACCCAGCAAAGAGUGUCCUUCCUAGUACAGCUCCUUCUGCUCUUCCAUCUUCCAUGACCUUCUGUCCAGUAGUCAGCAAAGCUCUUUACAGUAAAGUAGCAGAACAAGGCGAAGUGGUUCGUAGACUUAAGUCGGAAAAAGCAGCAAAGGAUCAGAUAGAUGCUGCCGUGAAAAUGCUUCUUGCUCUAAAGGCAGAAUAUAAGCAAAAGACAGGCCAAGAUUAUAAGCCUGGAAAUCCACCUGCAGUCCCUCUUUCCUCCUCCUCCUCUUCUUCCUCAUCCUCUUGUGCUUCUGAUUCUGCUCUUUUAUCCUGCAAUGGUUUGACAUCUUCUGGCCCAAUAUACAGAAAAGCUCUGUACAAAAAAGUAGCUGAACAAGGGGAGGUGGUGCGCAGACUCAAAGCAGAAAAGGUUUCCAAGGAUAAAGUAGAUGAAGCUGUAAAACUCCUCCUUUCCCUAAAAGCAGAAUAUAAAGAAAAAACUGGUCAGGACUAUAAGACAGGAGAAUUACCAGCUCCUCAGGCGUACACCUUAAACCAUCCAACAAAUGCGGAAACCAGUGGCCCUGACUCACCAGAAGCAAAAGCUCUCUUUAACAAGGUUGCUCUCCAAGGAGAAGAAGUUCGGAAGUUGAAAGCAGAGAAGGCAGGAAAGGAUAAGAUUGAUGCUGCAGUGCAGGAACUGCUUCAGUUGAAGGCGCAGUACAAGUCACUGGCAGGAGUAGACUAUAGGCCAGUCUCUGCAACUGGAGCAGAAGAUAAAGAUAAGAGGAAGAAAGAGAGAGAGAACAAAUCCGAAAAGCAAAACAAGCAACAGAAACAGAAUGAGGGCCACAAGAAAGAAUCACAGAAAGAUCAAAGUGGUAGUAGCAACUUGUCUUCAAAUGGAUCAGGGGAUGGUCAAGGACCCAAGAAACAAACCAGGUUGGGUCUAGAGGCUAAGAAGGAAGAAAACCUUGCUGAAUGGUAUUCUCAGGUGAUCACAAAAUCGGAGAUGAUUGAAUAUUAUGAUGUGAGUGGCUGCUACAUUCUCCGUCCAUGGGCUUUUUCCAUCUGGGAAGCUAUCAAAGACUUUUUUGAUAGUGAGAUCAAGAAACUUGGUGUGGAAAAUUGCUACUUUCCCAUGUUUGUGUCCCAGGCUGCAUUAGAGAAAGAGAAGACACACAUUGCUGAUUUUGCCCCAGAGGUUGCAUGGGUUACAAGGUCUGGCAAAACAGAGUUGGCUGAACCAAUAGCUGUACGUCCUACUAGUGAAACAGUAAUGUAUCCUGCUUAUGCAAAGUGGGUUCAGUCACACAGGGAUCUGCCAAUCAAACUUAAUCAGUGGUGCAAUGUUGUGCGUUGGGAGUUCAAACAUCCACAACCUUUCUUGCGUACUCGUGAAUUCCUGUGGCAGGAGGGGCACACAGCUUUUUCUACUUAUGAAGAAGCAGCAGAAGAGGUAUUGCAGAUUCUUGAUCUGUACGCUCGUGUGUAUGAAGAACUUCUGGCAAUUCCUGUUGUGAAAGGAAGAAAGACAGAAAAAGAGAAGUUUGCUGGUGGAGAUUAUACAACCACUGUUGAGGCAUUAAUAUCUGCCAGUGGGCGAGCUAUCCAGGGAGCAACUUCUCAUCACUUGGGACAGAAUUUUUCAAAGAUGUUUGAGAUUGUCUUUGAAGAUCCCAGGAUACCAGGAGAGAAACAGUUUGCUUAUCAGAACUCUUGGGGCAUCACAACUCGGACCAUUGGUGUAAUGACCAUGAUUCAUGGAGAUAACAUGGGCUUGGUGCUGCCUCCCAGGGUAGCUUGUGUUCAGGUGGUUGUUAUUCCCUGUGGCAUUACUAAUUCACUUUUGGAAGAAGACAAGGAGGCCCUGAUGACCAAGUGUAAUGAAUACCGUAAGCAGUUACUCAGUGCCAACAUUCAUGUGCGGGCUGACUUGAGAGAUAACUACUCACCUGGCUGGAAAUUCAAUCACUGGGAGCUUAAGGGUGUUCCAAUCAGGCUUGAACUGGGGCCACGAGAUAUGAAAAACCAUCAGUUUGUAGCUGUUAGACGAGACACAGGGGAAAAGUUGACUUUUGCUGAAAAUGAAGCAGUGAACCAGCUCAGACAUAUUCUGGAGGAAAUCCACACUAACCUUUAUAACAGAGCUGCUGAAGAUCUUAAGAGUCAUAUGGUGGUGACCAAUACAAUGGAAGAGUUUCAGAAGGAGCUUGAUUCGGGCAAGAUAGUGCAGAUUCCUUUCUGUGGUGAAAUAGAGUGUGAGGACUGGAUUAAAAAGACCACUGCCAGAGAUCAAGAUCUGGAGCCUGGUGCUCCAUCCAUGGGAGCAAAAAGUCUUUGCAUCCCCUUCAAACCACUGUGCAAGCUACAGAAUGGAGCAAAAUGUGUCUGUGGCAAGAACCCUGCCAAGUUCUAUACCCUCUUUGGCCGUAGUUACUAAGCUGCUAGUUUGAAACAUCAUUUUGUUUAUCUUUCAAAUUCUCAGCAUUUUGAAAUAAAGACUGAAAUACUCUCAAAUCCUGUCACAUUCUUGUUACUUUUUAAAACAACUACAAAUAAAGCUAGCGGUAAUGCACAGACUUUUCUGUAUACAACAUCUCCACUAAUAAAUAUGUAUUGCUAUCUA